GCCAUCUCUAUGAAGUCACGGCAGGUCAUCAAUCCCCAGCUGUCGAAAGACCAUCUCAUGCAGCCGGUCCUCCUCAAACCGAGGCAGCAGCGCCAGCCGCCUCCCAUCAGCCUCACCGCCACCCAUACUACCCAUAUCGCCGGAGUGCGCCUGGCCAUGCCUAUUUCUAUGCCUCUUUUGCUGGUUGCUGCUGCCGCCACCAGCCACCGGGAAGGGGAGAGGGGUCAGAGAGGGCGGGGCGGGGGGAGGCCGGGGCAGCGCCGAACGCCUCAGUCCCGCAGUGAUCCUCUCCACGCGCGCAUCGUUUGUGCGGCGUGUUGGGCUUUCAGACGAUCUGCAGACAGAGAGAAGGUGCAAAUAGGCAAUCUAUCGGUGUGGUCCUUCAGACAUACAUACUUGUUGACGGUGAUUUUGGCCCUGCAUGACCUCCUGGCGCCCGAAGCUCUGCCGACGGGUUCUGGGUCGUCCGUGAGGAGCGGGGGCACUCGAGGGUCCCUCACCACCGCACGGCCAGUCGGAAAACGCUCAACAUAAUCCCUGCACACACGGACAGCCACACACAUUACGAUGAAGAGGAAGUCGUGUGUGUGUUUGUGUUACCCUCGCCCGCUGCGAUCAUUCCCCUGGCCCUCUAUCUCCUCCAACUCCUGCAAACGGCACAUCGCACACACAACACACACGACAGACACGACACACAAGGUCCAGAUGGUCGUGUGCGGCGUCGGCCUGCCUGCCUGCCUGCUGACCUUCAUGACUUGCUGCACUUGGGCGUUGAACUCCAGCAGGCUAUUGAGGUUGUAAUCCACACCCUCCUGCAGUGCGCCCAUCUCCCCAAUGGCAGCCUCAUCACCCUCAUAAUUAUUAUCAUCGUCAAGGAAGGCGCUCGUCGAGCCAUCAGCCGCCGCAUCUCUGUCCACCGGCUCAUCCACACGCACAGGCGGCCGCGGAGGCAGCCUGUGCAGCCCCAGAGCCCGCUGCAUGGCUACGAAGGUCCUGCCUACGCCUCUCGGUGCCUCUGCACUGGCGAAGGCGAGUCUGCAGGGACGCAAAUGCGGCAGAGGCGGAAUUGAGGCCGUAUCUUCG